CUUGUGUUGCCUGUCCUCCCGCUCUCUCUCUCUCUCUCUCUCUCUCUCUCUGGACCCUACCACCCUUUCCUUCUUUCCUUAAGUUGUCUUCCCUCCAUCCCUUCUAUUUCUUACAACUUGUCCCUGACAUUUCUCUCCAUCUCAAAUUCUCCCUCCAUACCUCUUCCUAUCUUCCACUACAAUAAUUACAGGCACCCACAUACACACCCCAUUCCUUCAAAGAUGUCUAGCCGCAGGUCAUCACGCUCCAGGCAAUCCAGCACCUCUCGGAUCACAGACGAUCAGAUCAUCGAUCUCGUCUCCAAAUUACAAGCUCUGCUACCAGAGAUCCGCGACAGACGCACCGACAGGGUAUCGGCGUCGAAGGUGUUGCAAGAUACAUGCAAUUACAUAAGGAGCUUGCAUAGAGAGGUUGACGAUCUUAGCGAAAGGUUAUCGGAGUUAUUGGCUACGACGGACAGCGCCCAGGCCGCGAUAAUUAGGAGUCUACUAAUGUAAUAAAGCUUUCUUUCUUUUCUUCUUCAUUUCUCUCCUUCCUUCUUUCUUCUUCUUUUUUAGGGUUGGAUUGGAUUCCAAGACAUCCCUUUGCUAAAAGAACAUGUAGUAAUCUAAGUCAUAUAAUAAAAAGCACUUGCAGUUAGGAA